GACAGGAGCCUACGAACCCCACACCUCCAAACCAAGACCCACCCCCGCAGGAUAUGGACAAAGAAGUGGAGAAAGUGGAAACUGGCACCACAACAGGUGACAUUCGGCCUGUGGAGCAAGAAACAUUCAGCGGUCCAGAUGGUGAUCCAUGAAAUCAGGGUCUGCAAACAUGACCUUGAUCAAAUCAAUGAAAACUUGCUCCAGAUCAGGCAAAAGACCAAGCAGGCUUCUAAUGACAUCUGCUGCUGGACUGCGGGGGCUUUCACUGAUCUGCUGCCUCUUCACUGCUUCCGACACUUCCCAUUCUUACAUUGCCUGCAAAGCCUGAUCCAUCCAACUGUCAAAUUCUUUUCCCCCCAUCUGGUCUGGGGACCUGACCUGAAAAGGUGGGCAGCUUCUUGUAUCCCUGAUUCACAGAGGUAUUGUGUUUCUUUAUCAGGCUGUCAACCAGACGACUCAUGUCCAGAUAGAAAGAGAAUGGAGGCAUUACUGCCAUUGGGCUUCCUACAGCUCGACCGUUUGCAACUGGACUGCCGGCCGUUGGGCUGCUGGCUUCAGGACUUUCUGGUGGUGACCCAGGAAGACUUCCUCCAACUCCCUCUGGUAGCUGCAUUUGGAUCACCUGGCCCUCCAGACCUUUGGCUAGGCUCACAACACCUUCUGGAACUCACGUUUCAGGUCCAAGAGGUAGGACCCCUUUUCUGGAACAGCCUUCCUCAUCAACUUCCAUACCUCCCUGUCAAACCACAGGACUCCUGGUAACCUCAGAACUAUGAUUUGCUCUGGCUGACUUCCAUACUCCUGACUCCACUGUGUAGCUGUGGCUGAAUCCAUGGUCUCUUCCACUCUGGACACGUCAACUGAUCUGCUCGGGUGCCCCAAAUGGGGUAUCUCGUGGGACCUCCAAAUGUAGCGGUACCCCCAUGGGGGCGGCUGAUUGACUCUAUACCCCACUGGCCACCCAGACUCUGCAGACUCUCUCUUACCUCUGAUACCUUGGGAUCCAUUGUAAAAUACCACGUUAGUAAUGAGAAACUUAGACAGUCACUGAACCACUCAAAGAACGUUUACUAUGGUAAACGAAAUAGUAUGAUUAAACAAUGAAUGAACACAUGUUAUGAUUGGCAGAGGUAUUUGUUCAAUGAAAUAAUAUCAUACACUUGUAUCCAGUAGCAAUCUGAUGAGGGUAUAUGUGAACAGGUACACAGGGAGACAGAUCUUCAAUAUUUUUAACACAUGUAUUGAUUACCUUCCCACUGAGGCCUCAGCACACAGGCCAAUGCAGUAAGAGAAUGCACAACAGUGAAUACAGUUAUACAAUACAGAUUCUAACUAUAUCUCACAAAAUGGUUCUCUCUAGGUCGCAGUUCAGAGUAAUUCUCCAAUGUAGAGCAGUAAAGCUUUGUAAAGGAAUAAAGAAGUGAAUGUUCCUCCAA